AUGGGGCCUGCUGGAGCCUCGGGACCUUUGUUUAGCCUGAGGUUCGGGUCUCUCAGUAGUCGUCCUCUCACUUGGUCAUCUGUGAUUCCACACACGAUUCUAUCUCAUAUCAAACUCCCACAAGAAAAUGUUUGUAAGGUGGAGGAGGACGGGGUUUUCAGUCACCAUUACCUGGAUAACCUGGAGAGGAGCUGCAGCCCGGACCAGGGGGAACCACGGCAUCCACAGACUACAGAACUGGAGGAAGACUCCAGCGGUCAGGAGAUGAAGCACGAGGACGUAGAGGUGGAUGUCUCAUUGGUCAAUCUCGCUGAUGUGAAAGUUGAAAAUGAUGAACCAGGACCAAACUGUGGCCAGCUGCUGUUGCACACUUCUCCUGAAGCUCAAAACAAAGAUGAGGAAGGGACUGAAAGUUUACGCUCAGACUCCAGUAAAACUGUAGAUCCGAAAUCAAUGAGACGACACGGUGACCACGAAGACGCUCCUGUCCCGUCAGACAGCAACUGUAAAUCAAAGCUGACCAGGACCCACAUGGGGAAGAAGGCGUUUUCUUGCAGAACUUGCGGGAAAGAGUUCAGUAAAAGUAGUAUUUUAAUCGAUCACAUGAAGAUCCACACUGGCGAAAGGCCGUACCUGUGCAACACCUGCGGCAAAACCUUUACUACAUUAUCAAAUCUUAAACGGCACAUAACCACA